AUGGAGAGAAAACGUGCUUUUUCUACUAUCAACGACAACAGCAGCUUCAAAAAGACGUUACAAAUAAGAAACAAUCAAAACAAGAACAAGCCUUCAUUCACCAAAGAAGAUUCUGCAAUUCUCUUGAAAAAGUACGACGCAAAGACGGUGUUGAAGCUGUUACAGGAAGUGGCGAGUAAUGCAGGAUGGAAGAUUAAUUGGAAGGAGAUGGUGAAGAAAAGUUCGACUGGAAUUUCGAGUGUGAGAGAGUAUCGAAUUCUGUGGCGGCAUUUGGCGUAUGGUCAUUCCUUGAUUGAUGAUGAUUUUCAAGAUCUGGAUGAUGAUAGUGAUUUGGAGUGUGAGCGGAAAUCAUUCCCACCUAUGUCCAAGGAAAAUGAAUCACAAGCUGCAGCAUGUGUCCAGGUAAUGAUUGAAUCUGUUAAAAUGAGUAAAUCAGCACCAAGUAGUUCAAUAGUUGAAGCUCCAUUGCCUAUAAAAGUUCCAUCAUCUAAUUUAACAGAAGAGACAGAAAUUCGUUUUCCAGUUAUUGUGGAUAGACAAACAAGGAUACAUAAUAGUAAUGCAUCAUCAAAUAUAAGAAAAGGAGGAUGGUCAAAGGAAGAGGACAUAGAAUUACAAGCUGCUGUUCAGAAGUGGGGGGAAGGGAAUUGGACAGAAAUGGCUGCCAGAGAUGAUUUUCCUCUUAAUAGAACUGCUGCACAGUUGUCUAAGAGAUGGAGAAUUUUAAGAAAUAAAGUUGAGCAGCAAUAA